AUGAAAAAGCUCUGCGACACGGUUCGUCCUUCCCGCCCCAGCGGUCACCGCCACUGUGACAGCUGUUUCAGCCAGUGCUGCAAGGCCCCUGUGGAGAUCUCGGUGUCAUGUGUGCUCAUCCCCUGCCGCCUACAGUGCGGCGCCUUCUUUCACCUGUGCAAGGAGGAGGAGCAUGCGCUACUCUGCCCCAAUGAGAGGGUGCCGUGCUUAAACGCGGGCUUCGGCUGUCCAAUCAGCAUGCCCCGUUCCUGGCUGGCGGCCCACCUGCAGGUCUGUCCAGCCAGCGUGGUGUGCUGCUCCAUGGAGUGGAACCGCUGGCCAGCCGAGGACGCCCAGUCACACACACAUUCGGCCCUGCAGGAUAACCUAGUGAAGGAGGAGGGGGGAGGACACGGUGAGGCGCUGGACCUGGCCAUGGCUCUGAGAGAUCAGCACCAUUUGUUCCACUCCCUGAAGAUGAAGAAUCUCUUCCCUGAGCUGAUUGAGAGGGUGGAAGUGGAGGAGAGGGAGGAGCAGAGGAGAAGGGAGGGGAGGAGGAGGGAGAAGGAAGAGAAGGAGAGGGAGGCCCUGGAGGCACAGGGAGUGGAUGGAGGACUGUCUUUCCCUAACAGGAUUGGCUGUGUGUCUCCUGCUAAUCGAGGAUGGUAUGGACCUCUACCUGAGGAUAUUCAGGAGGUGGUUAGGGAGAGGGACAGAGAGAGGGGGGAGGAGAUAGAGUUGACCCAGGAGGAGAGGGAGGAGCUGGCCAGGGGAAGGGUGGUAGGAUCAGGGGGCCCGGUGGCCUACGUCUGGGAGCGCAUGUUUAACAUGGAGAGGGGAGGCUGCAUGAUAGCUGAGGCUAACCAAGAGGCAGGGGCAAGAGGCAGAGGUCAGGGUCAAGCAUCAGGAGUUAGAGGUCAAGAGAUGGAGUCACAUCAAUCACAGACCCUGACCACCACAGGGACACACGCACUUAAUGACACACACACACACACAGACAAACGCCCCAACCCCCACUGUGUGGCCUGUCUGGCAGGCACUAAGAAGAAGCAGAUGUAUUACUACAGCCAGCUGGAGCCCAUGAAAAUCAACACAGUGAGGACCUUUAAGAUUCCCACCAGCUUCACGGCCAAACACACACGCAUCAGGAACCCCGGACACCGGAAGAGGGUGGAUAUGGCCGUGGACACCAGCGACCUAGGGGUGGAGCCACAGGACAUGCCUAUCUGGGAGGAGGUGCAGGCCAGUCUGCUGUGUUCUCUGGAGAAGGAGCAGAGGGGUCACCUGAUCGCUGAGUCACAGUCCAGCGACGCCCUCCUGAGCGACACAGGGACGCAGACCUACGCCUUCCUGUCAGCUCCGUUCGGUCGUGACACUUCAUUGGCCAGUCUGACGGAGGACCGCCCCCUCCAGCUCCACCUCCAGCUGCAGGCGAAGGGUGUGACAGCCCGACACAACAAGUCUAGCUCCGCCUUCACCUUUCUCUGUGGACACACCUUCCAACGCAGAGAGUUCCCCAAACACUUCAGGAACGUGCACACCGACAUACAGAUGUGUGCUAGUGGCUGGUUUGAGCAGAGGUGUCCCCUAGCCUACCUGGGCUGCACUUACAGCCAGAGGAGGUUCCAGCCCUCCACACACACUGCCACCGUCACCUACAACAAAGAGCUUAGUAGCUUCAGCCUGAGACCCACGGUCCCUGCCUCUCUAAAUGAGGAACCCCAAUACUCCAAGUCCCAGCCUGCUCCAGAACCAGUCUCAAACCUCAGGAGGCGAAGGUCGAGGGGUGGAGGUGGAGGGGACCAGGACUCUCUGAGCACUCUGCCCUACGAAGUGCUGUACCACAUGGCCAGCUUCCUGGACAGCCUUUCCCUGUCCCAACUGGCCCUGGUGUCCCACCUCAUGAGGGAGGUGUGUUCCUCUCUGCUGCACGACAGGGGGAUGGUCUCCCUCCUCUGGGAGAAGAAGACCUAUAAGACUGGCAUGGCCAAGUGGAAGGCCAAGAAGGUGGUGUGGCAGUUCAGUACUCUGUUCUCUCCAGUAGAAGCAUGGUGUUUUGACAGCAAUGUACCCUCCAUGUCAGACCACCUGAAGGUGUGCCCUUACUACGAGAUGGAGCCCAGGACUGAGCGUGUACUCCUGCCUCAUAUUGUCAACAACAAAAUGAACACAGACACACAAAGCAACAGCAAAAGUCUGGUCACCCUGUUCCAGAAGAAUAUUUGA